GCUUGCAUGCCAAACCUACUAAACGAGAGAUUUUCUACACUUUAGAGGAGAUAAGCCACUGGUGGUGGCGAUGGCCGGCCGGAUUCCGUUUGCCAAGGUUAUACACCUACUGCUGCUGGCCUUCUUGAUUGUUCCUCCUUUCCUCUUACUGACUCGGUUAAGGACACAGAUGGAUCCUCUCUCCCUCUUGAAUUUGCAGCUAUCUACGUUAGCAAAUAUAAAGUUCAAAGUGCUUGAAGAGAACACAAGAAGCGUUGAUGAACAAGAUGACGAAAUGAUGGUGAAACCGAUUGCUUUGAGCUCAGAGAGGGAGGAGAAAGCAGGAGGAACUCAGCAACAGAGCAGCAACGAUACUGAACUGAUCGUCGAUUCUGUAGCAGAAAAUGCGAUUUCGAAGGCUGUAAUUUCCUGCGAUUUCUCUCAACGCCGGACGGACACCUGCGUGUUGCAGGGCGACGUCAGAAUCCAGCCUUCCUCCUCCUCCGUCGUCCUCGUCGAGUCCCCUGGCGACGGCCUUGGGAAACGCCGGUCAUGGAACUGA